AUAAACAAAAGCUAUUUUCGUGUUGUUCCCUUCUUGCCCUAAGCCUCGACCCACUCCGGUGAUUUUUGCACAGUGCUAGCUGCUGGUCCAAACCGGUAACUGAUUGCCAAGUAUUCCACCUGUUGACAAUCCAAGAUUCCAGACUUUUCGUAAAUAUGAAAGAGAUGCACCAGGGCAAAAAGAUUAUAGAACUGGAGUGAAUGCUUCUUUUUUUUUUUUCUCUUUUUGUUUUAAAAAAGAGAAAUAUGUCUACUGCGUUAGGACCAUUGUCUGUGUUGUUGUUUAAUUCUGGUGACUUUGGCUUACUUUGAAGGAAUUUACUAACUGCUAGGUUUUUGAAAGAAUUAAUGGGUGCUGGAGAACUUGAAACGAGUCGUUUAACAAAUGCAGGAGCUGAGAACAGUCUUCACAAGCAAGCUGAUCAAGCUACUGAUGCUCCGCUGAAAAGGGCAAGGCAGCCGAGGGAGUUGACUUUUCAGGAUAUGUAUCAAAACCAAGACCUGUUCGAUGAUGACGAUGACGACGACGAUGAUUGGGAGCCGUUGGAGUUACCCAAGUUUGUGGAAGUCACCAAGUGGUGCUGCAAAAAUUGUACUAUGGUUAACCUAGAUGACGUUGUCCAUUGUGAUAUAUGUGGAGAGCAUCAGGAUUCUAAAAUCCUGAGCCAUGGGUUUUUUGCUUCUCCCUUUGCAGAAGAUGAGGAUACGGCUGAGGUCCAGCCAAAUAUAAAAGGACUGAGAGGCCGGGUAUCCCUUAUUAUAAAUUCAAAGGGGUGUUAUUUCUCUAGGGUUUCCAAACAGCAGGGGAGGUCAGUACAAUUUACUCAAUUAUUUCUGGUUUUUGUAGAUCCCUAUGUUGAUUAUUGCUUAAAAUAUUAUCAUUUUUAUAUGGUUGUAUGUGGUUUUUCGCUUUGGGGUGGUAUUAAACUACAAAUUUAUUUCAGUUUUAUCCUUAUAUUUGUAGAUGUUGACUCACAGGAAUCAGCGGCAAAUAGUUGUACAGCAAUUGGCUUUGAUGAGAGAAUGUUGUUACAUGCAGAAGUUGAAAUGAAAUCACAUCUGCACCCUGAAAGGCCAGAUCGUCUUCAAGCCAUUGCUGCUAGUCUUGCUAGAGCUGGUAUAUUUCCUGGAAGAUGCUAUUCAAUUUCUGCUAGAGAAAUCACUGAAGAAGAACUUAUUUCGGUUCAUUCUUGGGAGCAUAUUGAAUCAGUGGAAGUUACAAGCGAUUCAACAUCUAGUUAUUUCACUUCUGACACAUAUGCCAAUGAGCAUUCCGCACGUGCUGCUAGGUUGGCUGCUGGGAUAUGUGCUGAUCUGGCAUCAACAAUUGUUUCUGGGCGUGCCAAAAAUGGAUUUGCUUUGGUUAGGCCUCCUGGUCAUCAUGCUGGUGUAAGCCAUGCGAUGGGGUUCUGCCUUCACAAUAAUGCUGCAGUGGCAGCUUUGGCAGCUCAGGCUGCAGGGGCUAGGAAGGUGCUAAUUUUAGAUUGGGAUGUUCAUCAUGGAAAUGGGACACAGGAAAUAUUUGAGAAAAACAAAUCGGUCUUGUAUAUUUCAUUGCAUAGACAUGAAGGAGGGAAGUUUUAUCCUGGUACUGGAGCUGCUGAUGAGGUUGGUAGUAUGGGUGCAGAAGGAUAUUGUGUGAAUAUUCCAUGGGGUCGAGGAGGAGUUGGUGAUAAUGAUUACAUUUUUGCAUUUCAGAACGUUGUUCUUCCUAUAGCUUCUGAAUUUGCUCCAGAUUUCACCAUAAUAUCAGCCGGAUUUGAUGCUGCAAGAGGUGAUCCCCUAGGAUGUUGCGAUGUUACUCCCUCUGGCUAUGCAAAGAUGACACACAUGUUGAAUGCCCUCUCUGGUGGAAAAUUGCUUGUUAUUCUUGAGGGGGGCUAUAAUCUUCGUUCUAUAUCAUCAUCUGCUACUGCAGUAAUCAAGGUAUUGCUGGGUGAGAGUCCUGGAUGUGAACUGGAAAAUGGUUUCCCUUCCAACGCUGGCCUGCAAACUGUUCUGGAAGUCCUCAAAGUUCAGAUGAAUUAUUGGCCUUCCUUGGGACCCAUCUUUAUAAAUUUGCAGUCACAAUGGAGACCGUACUGUCUUGGGAAAAAAAGAAAACAGAUUAAGAAGAAACGCCGAGUUCAGGCACCAAUGUGGUGGAGGUGGGGACGAAAAAGUUUCUUAUUCCAUUUCCUGAACGGCCAUCUUCGUGUAAAAUCAAAGUGAUUUUGUUGUGCUGAUGAAAUUUGCAGUACAGUUAUACCUAGUAAUUGUCAGCAUGUUGUAUAUUCCAUCUUGAUUCAGGAUAAUAUGAUUUUUGUUUGGUCUUUUUAAAAGACAGACUUGUGCGGAAGGGUGAGAAAGAAAUUGGGGGAAAGGGGCAGGGUGAGAAAAAGGAGUACCGGAUAAAAAAUGACUUCCCAUUUCCUUGUUAAGGUCUUUUAGAAGUUACCAAACGUGGGAAAGUGAGUAUUAAAUAGCUUUCUACUCGCAUUUAAAAACGAAUUUGUAUAAACUUUAAAUAGAUGUAGUUUGUCGUGUUAUCCUUUAUUUUUAUCAUCUCCCCUUUGUUUUGAAUCCAAAAAUUUGUAAAACAAGUUCGUAGCUUAUCCAAAAUUUUGGUAUGCUUAUAUUUUCAACUUUGAAUUAUGAAUUCUGUUUUUGCCGCAUUGGUAGAAGUCGAACACAAGAUAUAUUUCAAUUUGGGCAAUGCUAAGAAUAGCUUUUGUUGUUUUUUAUUAUUAUUAUUAUUAAUUUGUAUAACUCAUUACAUGCAUCUCAGUAAAGAAAUCUUCGUCCACUGGUUGAUAGUAGAGCUCAUUACGUUUACAAGCAUCUCCUUUCAAUUUCAUGCAUACAUAACUUUACGUUCUUUUAGUAGGUAUGUCUGCAUGUCAAUAGUAGGCUCCUGUUUUGGGGUAGAAGAAAUUUACAAUUAGGAGAUACUUGCGCUAAUCCGGGGUCUGCUAGGUCUCAGAUUAAUUGAGUAUUUACAUUGGAUUUACAAAUAAACAAGAUAAUUCACGUCUGUAAUCUGCAGGGGAGCCAACCUCUUUUUGGCAACAGUAAGCUUUAUUUACCAGUUUUCCAUGCAUAGGCAAUGAGAUGAAGCAUCGAACAUUCCUGUGUAAGAAGGCCCUGAUGCAAGAUGCUUGAAUCUGAGGGUUAAAUGGACAUUCCAAUCCAAGCUGAAUAUGAAAAUUUUAACCUAGUUUUCACGUUAUCGUGCAAUCACCACUUGGUGUAAUUUGCAGGACAUAAUGGCUUUAGUAGUUGUGGAGUAUUCUUAAGAGGUAAUUCUCAGCGGACCCAGGGCCAGUGGGAACGAAUACAACAUAACCUGUUACAUCUCUAUUGUUAUGAAGCAGCUUACAAUGGAAGCAAACAGAUUGACAUGUCUCUUGUUUGGCAUCCAUUAGAUGAAUUGAACUUUAUUGAACUAUAUGUAUGGAUCUUGUCUGAAAUAAUUUGGAGCUAGCAGGUUUUCUUGUCUACGUGUGCAAUGAGUGAGAGGGUGGAGAUUGAAGUGAGGGAAGGAAUACACAGACAGAGCCAUAGACUUACCAAUUCCUCCCUCUCUCCUCUAUUAUACGUGUGUGAAAUUGACACAUUUUA